AAUCCAAUGAAUCAAUGAUGAUACUCUAAGAAAAUGACCCUCUUUUUUUAGACUAAAUUAACUUAAAAAGAGUUGUGUUUUUUUGGUUUUAAUGUACAUUUUCUCAUCAACUUCCCCUGUUCUUUUACUCUGCUUUUCCCUUGUAUAAUUACUAAGCUUAUGCCAAGCUUAGUUAACAAACAAGAAUGGCUGCACCUAAAGGAGAUGAUCUCGGCCCGUUUCCGGUGAAAGAACAGCUUCCCUUCAUUGAUUUUUGCCUCACUAGCAAUCCUCCUUGGCAUGAAGCCAUCAUUCUUGGGUUUCAGCAUUUUUUAGUAAUGCUUGGGACUACAGUUAUGAUCACAUCCAUACUUGUUCCUCAAAUGGGAGGUGGACCGGUUGAAAAGGCUCGUGUGAUACAAACUUUGCUCCUUGUAUCAGGAUUAAACACUCUUUUGCAAACUCUAGUUGGUUGCAGGACAUCAGUAGUCAUAGGAGGUUCAUAUGUGUUUAUAAUUCCUGCGAUCUCAAUAAUAUUUUCUGAUCAUUUUGGCAGGAUCAUUGAUCCACAUGAGAGGUUCGUGCAUACAAUGAGAGCGCUCCAAGGAGCACUAAUGUUUUCAUCAAUACUUCCCGUGGUAAUUGGUGUUUUGGGAUUGUGGAGGAUUGCUAUAAGGAUCUUAAGUCCACUUUCUGCCAUUCCUCUUGUUACUCUAACUGGACUCGGCCUAUUCCAAUUUGGUUUCCCUCAGCUAGCUAAAUGCAUUGGAGUCGGACUUCCAGCUCUCGUUGUCAUGAUUUUUAUCUCCCAGUACUUAGCAGCCUUGUUGAAACCACUACAAGCCUGUUGUCGCAGAUAUGCAGUAUUAGCAACAGUUGCCCUUAUAUGGGCAUUUGCUGCAGUCCUAACUGCAGCUGGUGCUUUCAAACAAAGCUCCCCCAAAACUCAAUUCUACUGUCGUACUGAUCGUUCUAAUCUUAUCAGUGCUGCUUCUUGGAUAAGAUUCCCUUAUCCCUUCCAAUGGGGACGUCCAACUUUGAAUGCUGCAAAUGGUUUCGCUGUAAUGGCUGCUGCUUUUGUAUCUAUGGUUGAGUCUACAGGCACAUUUAUAGCAGUAGCAAGAUUUAGCAGUGCUACACCAAUGCCGCCUUCAGUUGUUAGCCGUGGGAUUGCCUGGCUGGGUGCAGGACACUUUCUGAAUGGCAUAUUUGGUGCAAUUUGUGGCCCAACUGCAUCAGUUGCAAAUUCAGGACUUCUGGGACUAAACCAAAUUGGAAGUCGUCGAGUCACUCAAAUAGCAGCUAUUUUCAUGCUUUUCUUUUCAAUUUUAGGAAAAUUUGGGGCAAUCCUAGCUUCAAUACCACUACCAAUAUUUGCAGCUGUUUACUGCAUUCUCUUUGCUUAUGUUGUAUCAGCAGGGCUAGGAUUUCUGCAGUUCUGCAACCUGAACAGCUUCAGAACAAAGUUCAUACUAGGAUUCUCUCUUUUUAUGGGCCUUUCAGUUCCACAGUACUUCAAUGAAGUGCUUUUGGUUACUGGUCACACUCCUGUCAACACAAAAUCAAUGGCUUUUAACAGCAUGUUACAAGUGAUCUUCACCUCUCCUGCAACCGUGGGAGGCAUCAUCGCGUUGUUGUUGGACAUAUCUCUCCACCGAAGUCAUACCGCAACACGAAAAGACAGUGGUAGACACUGGUGGAAAAAGUUCAGGUCAUAUGAUGCAGACACUAGAAGUGAAGAGUUUUAUUCACUUCCUUGGGGACUCAACAAAUACUUUCCAUCUAUUUAAUCACACUAGUCACUAAGUUAAAUGCAAAGUAUGAUAAAUCAGGAGUUAUAGUUUGAAUCUAAAAUUUUAUUUCGUGUUAGUAUACAACAGUUUGAUGUAUAUCUGUAAAAAAAAAAAAUCAAUACUUGAUGAAAAUGCUAGUAUAAAUAUGAAGGUGACACAAGAGAAGAUAUACUAUGUAGAGGAGGCAUGAUUAACUAAUAAGAUCCCUAAUCUAUGCUUGUUUAAGCUAA